AUUUUAUCCAAUCAAUAUCGUACUACUGACUACAUCGGUGCAGGAGAAGGUUCUUUUACUCUGCCUCCGAGAUUGGCGCCCCCCCAAGCAACCUGGACAUUUUACGAUGCGCUGACCCCUCCUCACGAACGCCCUGGCGUAACGCUCAACGUCCCCUCUACAGUCGCUCGCAUGCCAUCAUCAUGUGUUUCAUUUUCCAACUUGCGUCAUGCAAGUAUCAUUCCUAGCCCUCUUAUGGGCUACAUUCGUUGCUAUGGUCGCGUUCGCAGACGUGGUACCGUUGUCGUUUGGAGUUGGAUGUGACCACGGAAGGUAUCCAUUCCAAAUGCAACGGGGGUGCUUCAAGCCCGCCUUUGAGCGUGAAAUCGACAACGGCGGCGACAGCUUCAUCAUUGUUCGCUUCAGCGAUUUCAACUUGCCACCCAAGGACUAUGUCCUCUUGCGGUCUGUCGACACGGGCGAAACGGUGAAAUUGUCUGGGGCGGAAUAUCAUGGGGCGUUCGACGCACCCAGCGUCAGCGGCUCCCGCCUGCGCCUGGAAUUGUACACCAAAACCAACCUCGUAGGAAGCUACACCACGAAGUCCCCCUGCACGGGCUUCAGCGUCGUCGGGUACACGUCCGUGCUGCAAAGCCCCCCCACUCAUGAAGCAGUAUGUGGGGGGAACGUCGAGCGCACCCAAGAAGCCGCUUGUUUCAAUUACUCGCCCAUCAUGAACGCCCGAUCCAAGGCCGUGGCGCGCCUCGUGAUCAACAAGGAUGGCGCGCUCACUGGGUGCACGGGCUUUUUACUCGGUUCAGAGGGUCACUUUAUCACCAACAACCAUUGCAUUAGCAACCAGGACCACGCGUCGAAGACUCGCUUUGAGUUUAUGGCGCAAGCGAUGGCGUGUCCGUCGAAAGUCGGCGAUUUGGUAUGCGACCGCCAACUGGCGUGUCCAGGCGACGUAUGGCGAGGCAACGCCAAGUUUAUGUACACGAACGAGUAUUUAGACUACACGAUCGUCCAAUUAGAUCGCGCCGUGGUGGCCAAGUAUUCGUACUUGAAGCUCCGGAUGGCCGGUCCGAACAUUGGCGAGCCCAUUUACGCCGUGCAACACCCCCAAGCGUGGGGAAAACGCAUCACUGACAAAACCGCGUGGGGGAAAGCUACAGUCCAAUCCACGACCAACCUAGAAGCGUCAUACCUGUUGGACACGCGACCCAUGGCCAGCGGCUCCCCUGUGUUGAGUUCCACCGACCACGCCGUAGUGGCGCUCCACCACGGCAGCCUCACAGCCAACAAGUGCCCGAAUUUCGGCAUCCGAAGCGACUUGAUUGCCAACGAUUUGCAAGCGCUCAAUAUGGUGCCAUGGACAGCGUUUACAUAAGACCACUGAAGAAAAACCUGGGUGGAAAAUGUAUAUAUAUAUAGAUACAAUGGAUCGUGCAUUGGAACACGCUAUAGAAAGGCACGCACCGCCGCAAUGCUAAUUCGUAUACAAAUGUGCA